GUGUCAUGGAAAAACUUGGGCUUGGUCCAGAGGUCCUUCUGCAGGAGAAUCCCAGACUCAUCUAUGCUAGACUGACUGGAUUUGGCCAGACAGGAAAAUAUGCCAAGUCUGCAGGUCAUGACAUCAAUUAUUUGGCUUUAUCAGGUGUGCUGUCAAAGCUGGGUAGGAAAGAUGAAAAUCCUUAUGCACCCCUAAAUCUUCUGGCUGAUUUUGCUGGUGGAGGUGUCAUGUGUGCGGUGGGCAUUGUUACAGCCCUGUAUGAGCGUACGAGAUCUGGCAAAGGGCAGGUCAUUGAUGCAAGUAUGGUAGACGGAGUAGCAUACCUAAGUUCUUUCCUGUGGAAAUCACAAAAUUUGGGACUUUGGAACAGACCUCGAGGUGAGAACCUGCUAGACAGUGGUGCGCCCUUUUAUGAAACCUACAAGACCUCAGAUGGAAAAUUCAUGGCUGUUGGUGCCAUUGAGCCUCAAUUCUAUAAGCAGUUAAUAAAGGGUCUUGGGCUAGAUUCAGAUAAACUUCCCAGUCAGUUGAGUUUCUCCGACUGGCCUGGAAUGAAGAAAAAAUUUGCAUCCGUAUUUGCACAGAAGACACAAGCUGAGUGGUGCAGCAUAUUUGAUGGUACUGACGCCUGUGUGACCCCUGUUUUAUCCUUUGAUGAUGUUGCCUCACAUCAGCAUAACAAACAAAGAAGUUCUUUUAUCAAAAAUGAUCAGGAAGAGAUAAGUCCUAGACCUGCUCCUCUUCUAUCAAGGACCCCUGCUGUUCCAUCGUUUAAAAGAGAUCCUUUUAUAGGAGAACACACAGAAGAGAUACUUCUAGAAUAUGGAUUUACUAAGCAAGAGAUUGAUAAACUUUAUUCUGAUAAUGUAAUAGAAUUCAGUAAACCAAAAGCUAAUUUAUAAUCUCUAACUAUGCAGAUCAAGCAGAUUUCAGGGUGAUACCAUAAUGUUUUAUGCAUUAAUAUUGAAUUAUAUCACAAAUAAAUGUUUUCAUGAUACUGCUUUUAAAUUUUUUUUUUAAUUAUUGAAGUUUUAAAUUUAAUUGAAAACAAUGGGAGUUGUGUACUUGUGUACCUGGAUG